UUACGCCAUUAAAUAUUUAUAAUGAAUUUUUCCUUUAUACACGUAUGCAUAGAAAAAUAUUAUAUUGAUUUACGUGAGUGUGCGCCUUUGUUUUUGAAUGUCAUCCGUACAUCAUACGACGGAAAUGUAUACCAAGCUGUCAAACGCGGAUAAUACCGAUGUGCAAAAUUAAAUAUUUAUUGCUUUGAGAGGAGACACAGUGUCACUUUUUAUAUUACGAUUUUAUUAUUGUAUCUCGAAAUGUCAUUAUAAGUAAUUUAAAAAUGAUUGUAAUUUAAAACUGAUCAAUUUGCGAUACGGUAGAAGUUUUACUAAUCACGCUUUUUGAAAACUUUAUUAUUUUAUAUUUAAAUCAUCUGUCAGCUAACUUUUUAUAGAAUGAACACGUCGACGCAAAAAUGUUGGAAGGAUUCUCGCUAGUAGAAUGUAUGAUUGCUUGUAGCAGCUUUUUUCUUUUCGUGUUUUUAUUGAACGAAAUUGCCGAUUGGAUUAUACAACUGUUUACGUGGACAGACAACGACUACCAUCCGCCAAGUUAUUCGUUUGGUUAUGCUGGCCGGUACGGUCCUCACACGUGGAAAGACUUGUAUCCCGAAAGUAAAGGUAGCAAUCAAUCACCCAUCAAUAUCACCACCAGACUCGCUGUGGUAGUACAACCGGUUGAACCACUUCGAUGGAGCAACUAUAACACUGUACCUAUGUCGAUGACUAUCGCAAAUGACGGUCAUACUGUGAUACUACGAGCGUAUUGGCCGAGCAUUGGAUGGCCGCAGCUCCAAGGAGGACCCUUGACCGAUACGUACGAUUUCUUUAACAUCAUUUUUCAUUGGGGCCCGUCCGAUGAGGAGGGCAGCGAGCACACGUUAGAUUACGUUCGUUAUCCCAUGGAGUUGCAAGUGCUCCACACGAAACGUGGAAUCAAAUCACCGAAGGAAGCAAUUGCUCUUGGAGCGAAAGAUGGAUUAGCAAUUGUUUCGUUCUUUCUUCAAAUAAACGACACGGGUAAUCCUUAUCUGGAUCACAUCGUGAACAAUUUGUUUCGUAUCGCUUGUCCGGGUUCCAAGAUUUUCAUACCUCCUUUCCCAUUAGAGUGGAUUUUUGCACCUUUCGACAGAGAUUACUACACGUACAGCGGUUCCCUCAGCCUGCCUCCAUGCAACGAAAUAGUCACGUGGAUUGUCCAACAACAGCCAAUCGCUAUAUCUUCAUUUCAGGUGGAGCAGUUUCGAAAAAUUUGGUUAAUAGACGCCCCGUUAAUUUUGAAUUGUCGCCCGGUUCAACCGCUGAACGAUCGUGACGUUUAUUUUUACGAAGAGAGCAUACCUCGUGAUUAAUCUUCAUAUUUGCCUCGUAAAAAAAUGUGUGCUCAUAUGAGAAAAGAUUUUUUUAUCCACAAAUAUUACGCGUUUACUGUGCGUGUUUUUUUUCUUUACAUAUAUACGUAUGAGUAUACAAUAAAUUUAAUAAUAGUGUUUUAAUAUAGUGUUUUAUGUCACAAUUAGCUUUCACAAUGAUGACGGUGCGAAAAAAUCUAAUAAAGUAGCAUAAAAAAAAAUAAAGAAAAGAACAAUUUUUACACAGAGAACAACAUCUUUAUUAUCAGUGUCUUCUAUAAACA